AAAAUAUUAUUAGAUUUAUUUGUUUAAAAUUCUGAAAUGGUUAAAAGAGCUGCAGGAUUUGUAAUAUUUCGUCGUUUGCGCGAUGAAAUAGAAUACCUGCUUUUAAAAGCAUCCUAUGGUAGUUUUCAUUGGAGUUCCCCAAAAGGCCAUGUUGAUCCUGGCGAAGAUGAUUAUACUACUGCUGCUCGUGAAACCAGAGAAGAAGCCGGAUAUACCGAAGAUGAUUUGACCAUAUAUAAAGAUAAUCCUAUUACGUUAAAUUACGAAGUCAAAGGCAAACCUAAAGUUGUAAUAUAUUGGCUGGCUGAAUUGAAAAAUCCCGCUAAAGAACCGGUACUAUCCGAGGAACAUACUGAACUAAAGUGGUUGACCAAAGAUGCAGCUAAGGAAAUUGUAGGCUUUAAAGAUAACCAGGAAAUGAUAGAUAGAUUCCAUGAAUUUAUUUUAAAUAAAACUGGGAAAUAGAUAUUUUAUUUCUAUAUUGUAUUUUUUAAAUAAAUUACUGAUCAGAAUAUGUAAAACAAAUAAUAA